AUGUCCAUCAAAAUCGUGCUGAAUAACCAGCCCGAGUUCUACACCAACCUCGACGUCAUCUCAGGCAAGGUCUUUUUGACUUUGCCAAAGAGCGAGCAGAUCGGCAGCAUUGUCGUCAAACUCGAAGGAGAGUCCGGCACAGCUCUACAGGUCCCAAGAAAUUACGGCUACGAACCGGGCGUUAAUCGGAAUGGCCCGCCACCGGGGCCUCCGGGCAGCAUCGUGGGUGAAAACCACAAGAUCCUCUACAAACUAGUAAAGGUGUUCCCAGACGAGUACUACGAAAGCUCAUCCAGUCCGUAUGGAGCAUAUCCCCUCGAUCCCGGCCAGCACCAGUUUCCCUUCACGUUCAAGCUACCCAUCAACAAUGCCUGCAGCAAUCCCGAAGCCAUGGCCAGGAUUGGUGGCCUGGGCGGUGUUGGAGGCUAUGGAUCAGGCGGCGGCCUCUUUGGGCUGGGCGGAGUCCGUGUCAUGGACGGUUCGAAGCAGCUGUUUCUACGGCACGUUACCGCGACUCUUCCUCCCUCCCUAACAGGCUUUCCUAUGCAAGCAGAAAUCCGGUACUACAUCAAGGUCACGAUUCAGCGACCAGGGCUGCUCAAGGAAAACUGGCGCUAUCACAUUGGGUUCAAAUUUCUGCCCAUUGAACCGCCGCGACCUCCCAUCACUGGCCAGGAAGCUUUUGCCCGACGGCCCUUUUCUUUUACGCCUAGGGCAAAGGGACAAAAGAAACGAAGUUCAUUAUUCAGCAGCAAAAAGGCCAAUGAAGCUCUGGCCGGUGCUGACGGUGAUUCUCCAACGCCACCAUCAGUAGAGAUUUCAGCUCGGGUGCCGCAUCCAUCAGUUCUCACGUGCAAUAAGCCUGUCCCACUCCGGCUCAUCGCAAAGAAGCUCGUAGAAAGCAGUGAACAAAUCUACCUGGUAUCGUUCCAGAUGGACCUGAUUGGUGUGACGGAAAUCCGUGCGCAUGGGCUGUUCAACCAAAAAGUCAACCGCUGGGUUGUCGCCUCCUUUACAGACCUCCACAUCCCAGUAUGUGCUCCGGGAGAUGAAGUCGGCAAAGAAGUAACGCUCCCAGACGAGCUCUGGAGAAACAGGCCGCUUCCAAACACCGUUGCCCCCUCCUUCAACACUUGCAACCUUACUCGAAGAUAUGAAAUAGAACUCAAGCUAGGUGUGAGCUGGGGCGACCCAAAGGCGGGCUCCAUGACGAGGGACCCCUUUGCGCAGCCCCAGACCAUCUAUCUGCCUCUUCAUUUCGCAAACAUUGAUGUCUUUUCUGGCAUUUCACCACCUCCUGAGCUUCUGAAAGCUGCUCGAAAUACACGACCAGGUGAAAUCACCAUGUCUCGGCCUCCUCGUCUACCUUCCCGACCUUCUGCCACCGAUACCAACAACUCGAACGCUGCUUCCAGGCCUCAGCGACGGCCAAGUCAGGCGAAUCAACCGAGCCAGCCAGCCAUGCCUCCAAGACCUCCUCAAGAUCCUCUGUACCCCCCACAGCUACCCCCUGGCGACAUUCCUGCUUACGAGGACGUCCCACCACCAAGCUACGAUGAAGCCAUGGCAGAGAACUUAUCAGGGCCGUUUGACGGCUUACGGCCCCGACCAGCUUAUAGCGGCGUAACGAACGAGAAUGCGCCCAGUCAGAUGCCAGAAAAGAGCUAG